AUAAACUAUUCAAAUAACAUUUAGAAUAUAGUUGUGUAAUACACGAUUCAUUAUAGAUUAAUUGAUGAAAGUAGCACAAAAGAAAUUCCUCAUUCUAUUUCCUAUAAAAUGGAAUGCCUUAUUCCCAAAUUAUUUUUUUAUUAAAAUUUCCUAAAAACAUUCAUUUAUUUACUUAAAACUCGAUAGAAAAAUUUUGAUGAGCGUCGGUAUUGACUUGGGGACUUCAUACUCUUGUGUUGGUGUUUGGAAAAAUGGCGGAGUUAAAAUUAUUGCCAAAAUACCAUCAUAUGUCGCUUUCACUGAUACGAAAAUUCUUAUUGGAGAUGUGGCCAAAAAUAAAGCUGUUAUAAAUCCUCAUAAUACCGUUUUCGAUGUUCACCGUCUCAUUGGUCGUAAUUUCAAUGAUCAGGACGUCCAAUCUGAUAUGAAGCAUUGGCCAUUCAAAGUUAUCAACAAGAGUGGUAAACCAUACAUUAGUGUCCGUUACAAAUGUAAAAAGACUGAUUUCACACCCGAAGAAAUUAUAUCCAUGAUAUUGAAAAAAAUGAAAGAAACCGCAGAGGAUUACCUUGGUAAACAAAUUAGAAAUGCUGUAAUUACAGUGCCAGUAUAUUUUAAUGAUUCUCAACGUCAAGCUAUAAAGGAUGCAGUUUUGAUUGCGGGUUUGAAUAUAUUUCGUAUCAUAAAUACAUCAUCCGCAGCGGCUAUUGCUUAUGGGUUGGACAAGAAAACUUCUAGAGAACAAAAUGUUCUUAUCUUUGAUUUGGGCGGUGGUACUUGUAAUGUUUCUCUCAUAACUAUUGAUGAUGAAAUUUUUGAAGUAAAAGCUGUUGCUGGUAACAAUCAUCUCGGUGGUGAAGAUUUUGACAAUCGUCUUGUAAAUCAUUUUGUACAAGAAUUCAAAAGUAAAUUUAACAAAGAUAUUUCAUCCAAUGCACGUGCUAUCCGUCGUUUAAGAUCGGCAUGUGAACAUGCAAAACGAAUACUUUCAACUUCAACACAAACUUUUAUUGAAAUCGAUUCUCUUUUCGAUGGUAUUGAUUUCUAUACCUCAUUGACACGUACCAGAUUUGAAGAAUUGAAUCAAGAUCUGUUCCGUUCUAUAAUAGAACCUGUUGAGAAAGUACUUCGAGAUGCUAACAUUGACAAAAGUCACGUUGAUAAAAUUGUUCUGGUUGGUGGCUCAACAAUUAUUCCCAAAAUUCAAAUGAUAAUAUCUGAGUUCUUUAAUAACAAAGAACUAAAUAAAUCUAUUCCUGAUGAGGCCGCAGUAUACGGUGCCGUAGUAUACGGUGAUGUAUUACAAGCUGCCAAGCUUUCAUCUGGUGAUACUCCCGAAAAAAUUCAAAAUUUACUUUUACUUGAUGUCACCCCUUUAUCUCUAGGUAUUGAAACUGCUAGCGGUAUUAUGACACCACUUAUUAAACGUAAUACCACAAUACCUGCUAAGAGAUCUAAAUUUUUUUCCACGUAUUCUGAUAAUCAGUCUAAUAUGUUAAUAAAAGUAUAUGAAGGUGAAUGUAUCCGAACAAUAGAUAACCAUUUAAUAGGAAUAUUUGAAUUUACUGGUAUUCUACCAGAACCAAGAGGAGUUCCGCAAAUUGAAGUUACCUUUGAUAUUGAUGUAAACGGUAACUUAAACGUUUCUGCUGUUGAUAAAGCAACUGGUAAAUCAAAUAAGAUUACCAUCAAUAACAAACUACGAUUAUCGAAGGAAGAAUCAGAAAGAAAGCAAAUGACUACUAUUUUGAGUGCCCGUGACAAAUUAAUUAGUCAGUUAGCGUCAAGUAGCAUAGGAUCAAUAAUCCUGUUUCCAGUUUUUUCUAAAAAAUGGAUAAAUGAUUAUCAAUCCGAUAAUGAUGAUACAAUUGGUGCACUUGAAUCAAUUAAAAGUAAUAAUACAUUAGAAAUAAUUUCAAUGUUACGCAAAUGGAAGAAAAUUAUUACAACUUUAUAUCUAAAUGGAAUGAGUUGAUUUUGUCAUUUACAUUUACAUAAUGAAAAGGACCAAAAAUAAGCAGAAGCUACCUGAAACCCUUUAAAAUUAUUAAAACUUCAAAUUCCUCCUUCCUAAGAUAGAUCGUUAAUCAUCAGCAAGAAGAUCAAUGUCAUAAAAAACGCAAGGUGCUUUGAAAACUUAAACCAUCCAGAUAUUUUAAGGACUCAUAGAGAUGUUUUCAGGACAUACAAAAAUUUUUAGAGAAUUUUUUUUUAUAGGUAUGUCCGUCCAGAAUAUACAAAAUACUUGACGUAUGUACUGUACGGUGUACCAUUUUACGACAAUUCCCAUACAAAAUAAAUAACAUCACGUUCAAGUAACAAUAAGUAAGUAUCAAUAUACUGAAGAAAAGUGAC